AUGGCGUCUUCUUCAAAUGCUCUCCAACCAGUUCUGAAGCUUCAGACACCUAUGCAAAUGGGGAACCAAGAAUACAUACCAAAUCCGAAUACUGCGGAGGAACGUGCCAUUUACGCUUCUCAGGUAAUCAUCCCUUUUGAACUUUCUGUAAAAACUUAUGCUUUCAUGGGCCCGUUACCAGGAGAAAAUAGUUCACCAAAUAAAUUCUUUCCUGCGUAUUAUAAGACUAGGCCUCUGGUUAGCAAGAUUAAAAUAGACGAUGAAGCUGCCAUCACAGGGCUUCGACCGACUGGCGAAACCUUUGAUCCUAAUGUCUUAGAUGUUGAUACUAUCAACUUCAACGAAGCUACAGUCACUUAUACUGCUUUCAUCCAGCAAUAUCAUGAUCAGGCAAAUGCUGCAGUCUCUGACGUAGAACAUAUUGCUUUCCUGAGUUCGAAGCCUCCAAUGCCUUCGAAGCGAAAAGUUCUUCCAACUACUACUCCAGACGUUGCUUCCGAUGAGGAAGACAAGUCUCCCCCUCGUACCAGGCAAGGGCAUAAAAAGAGACAGAAGGUCACCACUCCUGUGGGCAAAGGGAAAGGACCCGGGUCUUCGAAUAUUACCUCUUCGAGUGAUAAGGUGUCUUCUGAAGAAUCGCCUUUAAAAGCCACUAGUAAUGCUCUCGUGAUGGAAAGCCACAAUUCAAGUCCAGCCACUAAUACAGCUAAGGAUGAUAUUGGAACAGCUACUUCUGAUUUCAACUCCUUCAACGCUGCCAUUGACCUUGGUAAUCUUCAAGAUGUCCCUCAACACACCUCUCAUAUACUUUCACCAGUCCUCGAAGACGCUCCUCCUCUUGCCACUAUCAAUACUGUAUCCUCUGUUGAAGGAAGCCAUUCGACUGAUGAUUCUCCUCCUACUCUCAAAGACGCAAACAUGGGUGAGGAGGACCAAUUCUCAGGCGAAGAUAAUGCAGCUGUACCAUCGACUAGGGGUGAGGACACCGUAUCUGAUCAAGGUGUCGUGGAAGAAACCUCCAAGUUGAUCGAAACUGACCUCUGUGGAAAUUCAAAUUUCGAAACUGUAGUUAUUCCUGAAACUACUCCAAUGCCUGCCCCAGCCAUACCUACUCCUUCAGAAUUGGAGCAACUUAGGCAAACUGAUUCUCUCAGCUUUCUUAAAACCAUGAUGAACAUUGAUAGUACUUCAGCUCUUGCGUCCGAAGCUUCUCCAACUGUUCAGACCAAGUCUGGAGACAAAGAGGACACCCCUGGCCUCCUUCAUCAAAUAAAGGAGAAUUUCUUCGAAACGAACCUCGUCGAAAUCUUAAGUAAGGACUCCACGAGAUGUCAUGGCUUGAAGCAACUCUUGAAGAAAGUGGAUUUACUUCUGGUUUCGAAAGAGGUCUCAGAUGUGAUUGUACUUCUGGGCUCUUUAAUCGACCAGCUUUAG